AUGUCAGCAUUUAACGAUUACUGCAUAGUGUGUGAACAAUUGAUAGAAGGUACAGGAGGCGGUUGCCAAGACAAGCUGUAUUGCACAGAGGAGUGUAGGAAUAAGGAUACGAGGGUGGUUCUAGUUGGGCUAGAGGAACAGCAGUAUACAGCAGGAGAGCAGACCGAAUCGCUGCUUCGGACGCCUAGGGUAUAUCCCACAGAUUGGGUAGCGGUGCAGCAGCGGCAACAGCAGUGGCAAGAACAGGUAAUAGAUAAAGAUGGAAAGUAUUAUGACGAUGAUGAAGAGGAGAGUUCUUGUUCAGAUUUAGAAAUUGAGACAUACACUACAAGCCUUACAAGCCUAUCAACUGAGCAGGCCCAUAGGGUGACAACCCUGGACAUGGGAGGAUGGACACCUCGUUCUUUUGUGAGUGAUGGUCUAGAACACCACAAGCCUGGGUAUGGGUUCCAGUUUCUAGACCAUACAGCAGAAAAUAACUAUCAACUUUGGCUUACUUGCAAGAUGAAAGAAUGA